AUGGCGAUAUCAAGUUCAGGUCAUGUUGAAAGCCCAGAGGUCGUGACUGGACACGAAGAAGAAGACUGGGGCGCUUUGCCUCUGUGGGAUUUUGACCGUGCACGGCUAGCCCCCUGUCGCGGCCGUCGACUCCGCUGGCCUGCUGCUGCGCUGCCCUGGCACUGGCCGUCCCCUUCUGUUUCAUUUACUCCGAGACUGUGCUAUACAUACAAUCACUGUCGCGUUGCUCCUGAUCGCUGA